AACCAAACACGCCCCAAGGUCGGCUCGGUUCCCCGCGCGCGAAUAAACUACGGAUUUCCCCUUCCCGCGCCCCAACUCCGGCCAGGUCGCCGCCUCCUCCUUUUCCGUUCCAAGUCCGAACCCUCUCAGUCCCAGCACGGAGCAACCGCCACCGCCUGCGGCGAGCGCAACCCAGACCCCGAUGUGCGGCAGGGCCCGGUGCACCCUCAGUCCGGCCCAGGCCGCUAGGGCCUUCGGCUUCCCCACCACCACCACCACCGCAUCCCCGGCCGGCGGCGGCGGCUGUGGAGACGCCCCCGCCGUGCCGACUCUCCAUCUGGACCGGUUCCGGCCGUCGUACAACGUGUCCCCGGGGGUGUGCUUGCCAGUGGGCACUGUGCGGGCGCGGCCGGCGGGAGGCGACGGGGCGGGAGGCGCGGAAGGGGAAGGGCCGGUGAUCCAGUGCAUGAAGUGGGGGCUGGUGCCCAGCUUCACCGGCAAAACCGAGAAGCCCGACCAUUUCAGGAUGUUCAACGCCAGAUCAGAGUCUGUAAAAGAAAAGUCUUCAUUUCAGCGACUAAUCCCAAAGAAUAGGUGCCUUGUUGCAGUAGAAGGGUUCUAUGAGUGGAAAAAGGAUGGAUCAAAAAAGCAGCCAUACUACAUACAUUUUCAGGAUAAUAGGCCUCUUGUCUUUGCAGCCCUCUAUGACACUUGGAAAAAUUCAGAAGGAGAGAGCAUCCGUACAUUUACUAUUUUGACUACCCGUGCCUCGACUUCUCUAAAAUGGCUUCAUGAUAGAAUGCCUGUGAUAUUAGGCGACAAGGACUCUGUUAAUGCUUGGUUAUGUGAUGCUUCCGUAAAGCUUGAAGAAAUUACUGCACCCUAUGAAGGAGCUGAUCUAGUUUGGUAUCCAGUGACAUCUGCAGUGGGUAAAACAUCUUUUGAUGGUCCUGAGUGCAUUAAAGAGGUACAUAUGGGACCUAGUGAAAAGCCUAUUUCAAAUUUUUUCACCAAGAAAUCUACUGCUCAUGAUCAAUCAGGGAAGUCUGAGAAAACAUCUCAGGAGUUUGCUGAAACACAUGCUACAAGAACAGCAAAAGUGGAAUCUGAGGAAUCAGUAGAAAAUCAAUCAGAGGAAAUCAAGCAACAAGAUGUAGAGAAGCAAAACACUUGUGUUCCAGUUAUGGACGAACCUGUCAAAUUGGAACUUCAAUUUCUUGAAAAGCCUCGGAGCAUUAAACAUGAACAUGUGAUAUCAACAAAUGCUACUAUUGUGAAACAAGAUGCUUUUGGCACCAAGAGAAAGAUUGAGGACACUGAAGUUAAUGCAGAGAUAAAGAUAGAGAAUAGUGGCCGGUCGCCCUCUCGGCCUAUGAAGAAGGAAAAAGGUCCAAAAGCUGCUUCAGAUGGACAGGUAUCGCUGCUUUCAUAUUUUGCAAGGAAGUAACUAGCUUCGCAAGAAUCUAUUCUUCACUUUUCCCCAGUUGUGGUAGUAUAAACGAACUCUAUCUAGUACUGGCCUGCUGUGCUAAGUGCUAACAAUGUUUUUGCUAAUGCUGAGAUCAUGGAUGACUUGUCCCCCAUCUUGCUCGAAAGUUGUGGUUUCAGCAUGUGUUAUCAUGUGCGGUGUGAACUGUUUGAAAUAAGCUUCCAUUGUUUGCACAGGAGGCAAAUUUUCCUAUAAUAUAUACUCCUAGUAAAAAAAGAACCGUUUUAGGUUGCAUGCAGCAGCCAUACAAAUUUUAGAUAUGAAAUAUAAUUUUUUUUGAGAGAACAGGAGGGGCAAGCCCCUACUGAUUAUAAUAUAUUAAUAAAAGAUAAAAAAUAAUUACAUAAAAAGAGAGAAAAUUACAAAAUAGAAUCUAGCCAUUCUUUGAUUUCGGGGAGAUAUUUUACUAUUUUACUU